AUGUCCCUCACCCCCGCUCUCUCGCUCUAUCGGCGCUCGCUGAAGCUGUCCCUUGACUGGGCUGUCCACCGAUCAGUGUGGCGGGGACAAGCCGUUUAUAUUCGCUCCCUCUUCGAAGCCAACAAGGACGUCCGCGAUCCUCGCCAGCAACAGGUAUUGCUGCGCGAAACAGAGAAGAUCCUCGAGGAGUGGAAACACCCCGAUCCUUACCGCCAUCCCACUGCCCCCGGUGGUACGUUUACGCCCUUCUGGACUUUGAUAUUUGCCGGAUGGCAUGCUCCGGACUCCAACUUACGCUGGUCACAGGAAACAAAUGGGAGAGAGAAACUUGCCCGCUCGCAUUCUACCAUACGCCGCGCCCCGGCCGCCCACUAA